GCAGCUGCAGCAGCCUGUCAGGACGAAAUAGGGAGAGAAGGAGACAGAGGGGAGAAAGAACGCUGCAGGAUUGCCUAAGAGGGAGCAUUUUUAUUUAUGUUUUUGCACAAGGAAAAAGGUCUGAUAAGGAAGCCUAUUUUCUCCCUUGCUGAUGCUUUUCUAUAUGGUCUCAUGCAGGAGGCAUGCUUGGAAAUAGUGUGAAAAGCAGAGGAGAUUUGAAGAUGGAAAGGACGGAUAGCACAAAGGCAUACGGCCAAGCAGAUGGCAAAGGAGUUGGAAUGGCAGCUAAGAGGGCCAAGUCUGGAGUGCCCCAGAGCACACAGCGGGGUGAACUGAAGGUUUACCGGGCGGGUAGCUCUGAUGGCAGGCUACCAGUGCCUUCCAAUCUUCGCAAGCAGAGGUCUAUGACAAACCUGGCUAUACUCACUGAUGCUGAAAAGAAGUUGCACCUUUAUGAGCCCAAGUGGUGUGAUGACAUGACCAAACCUGGAGCAGGGCAAACCAAGAUGGGCAAGCCAAAGACAGCAGGGGGUGGCAACAGUGCCGGAGGGGGUGCCCCUCUCUCUCGAAACUUAUCCAAAUCUGAACACUCACUGUUCCAGGGCAAACCCAAGCCCUUUAGCCCUCUGGCGGCUCCAUCUGCUCUGAGCAAGCAGAGCCGCAUUCCUCGUGGUCCUUACGCUGAGGUGAAGCCCCUGAGCAAGGCACCUGAGGAUGGGAAGUCCGAUGACGAGAUCCUCUCCACCAAGGCGAAGGGCAAUGCUAAGAAGCAGGGAGCCGGAGCUGGAGGGGAGUCCGGUUCCAAAGGCCAGGGGGAGGAAGGGGGAGACAAGCCCUUCCUGAAAGUGGACCCAGAACUGGUGGUGACAGUGCUGGGGGACCUGGAACAGCUGCUCUUCAGUCAGAUGUUAGACCCUGAAUCCCAGAGGAAACGGACUGUGCAGAAUGUCCUUGACCUCCGCCAGAAUUUGGAGGAUACAAUGUCGAGUCUGCGGGGCUCCCAGCUUAGUCAUAGCUGUGUGGACAGCAGUAAUGUGGGCUAUGACAGUGAUGAGACGAAUGCUCGCAGCAUAUCCAGCAUGUCCAACCGCUCAUCACCUCUCUCCUGGCGCCAUGGCCAGUCCAGCCCUCGUCUUCAAGCGGGCGACGCCCCAUCCUCCACUGGUGGCGGAUACCAGGGGACUAAGACAGGCUCACAGUAUACUGCACAUACAAUGCCAGCUCGCUGCUCCAGCCGCCUCAGCAGCACGUCUCGCAUUGAGCUCAUCGAAGGGUUGGACGUCGAUGACACCGACCUCAAGUCUGGUUACCUGAGUGACAGUGACCUUCUAGGAAAGAGCCUGCCGGAUGAUGACGACGACAACCUGGCGAAUGGUUGGGAUGAGAGCAGCUCCAUCAGCAGUGGCCUCAGUGACGGUGAUGGCGAGGGCUCUGAGAACCUCAGUUCAGAGGAGUUCAACGCCAGCUCUUCUCUUAACUCCCUUCCGAGCACACCCCUGGGAUCCAGACGCAACUCUUCUGUUAUGCUCCGCACUGAUGCAGAGAAGCGCUCCCUAGUGGAAAGUGGACUUUCAUGGUACAGUGAGGAUGGCAAAGCCAGCCACAAGCUCAAUAGUUGCAGCUAUGAAACGGGGAGUCUCAAGGCCGAGGCCCCGAGUAAGUGGAGAAAGAAGCCUCCUAGUCUCAGUGAAGAUUCAGGGGGUAGAGGGGAACUAAGGAAGCCUCAAAGUUUAGGUCAACCAGGAAGUUUCAAGAAAGGACGUAAUCCUCCUAUAGGCGUGACCUCCCCCAUCACCCAUACCUCUCAGAGCACAUUGAAAGUCGCAGCACCUAAAAGUGAGAAGCCAUUGGAUAAAUCCAGGAUUUCCAUCAAAACUACUGGUCUACAAAGGUCUCGUUCAGAUGCAGGCAGGGAUCACCAUGGAGAGCACCGCAAGCCACCAUCAGGUCUGGUUAAACCCACUGCUGGAGGCUCCUUUGGCUAUAAGAAACCACCAAUAGCCACUGGUACUGCCACUGUUAUGACAGCAGGGGGCGCCACCAUCUCCAGUGGCUCUGCUACUGUGGGGAAAACCCCCAAGUCAUCUGGCAUCCCUGUGAAGCCUGUAGGAGGAGGAAUACCCUCAGGUCGAAAGAACAGUUUUGAUGCCAGCAGUGAGCAGAGCUUCCUGGGGCCGAAUGCCCGAAACAGCAUUCAGUACCGCAGCCUGCCUCGACCGGCCAAAUCAAGCACACUCAGUGUGAUUGGUCGCCCUGCACCUCGGCCUGUCAGUGGUACCAUUGACCCCAGUCUGUUGACUUUGAAACCUGUGCCCAUGGCCUCCACGGGCCCCAGAGUUAAAGAGCCUAGUAGCUGCAGCAGUAAAAUGGCAAGUCGAACGAGCACAGGCCCAGUGAACCAGACAGACCGGGAGAAGGAGAAGGAGAGAGCUAAAGCCAAGGCUGUGGGUGCUGACAUAGACUGUGGUUCUCUGAAAGGAGAGGAGAGUCAGUCCACAGGAGAGUCUGCCAUGAAACUACACGGCCUGAGACGGACCAGCAGCAGCAAAUACCCUGAACUGUCAUCUCCCACCACACCAAGGAUGCUGAACACCAAGUCUCUUGGUCGUCCACCCAGCUUGGCUCACCUGGACAAGGUCAACUCCAACAGUCUUGAUUCCUGUGUGACCAUCCAGGACCUCCCACCCAAAGUCCCCCCAUAUUCCAAACUGCAGGAUUUAGCUGGUUCCUACACCUCCUCCCGCCUCACUCCCAGCCCAGCGCCUGUGCUCCACAUCGAUUCCCCUGGCUCCUACACCAGUGAAAGCCUGAGUCUGAGCGGAUCACCGCUGCUCUACCCCAAGCUGUCUGGCAUGCACCGCAGCAUGGAGUCCCUGCCCCUCCAGAUGAGCGUGCCUUCCAGCACGAGGUUUGUUAAAACUGAGAUGCAUGAUAAGGAAGAGAGGGCUACGGGAACCUGGGGAGCCGGAAGCAGGACAUCCCUCAACCUUACAGAUGGCUUGCAAACGGACAGAAAUACCUUUCCGAAGAAAGGCUUAGAACGCUAUGGCUCAAGCCUGUCAGAGAGUGAUGGAAGCAAACCGGGAAGGCGCCACUCCCACACCAUCGUCAGCAUGACAGAGAGCGAUAGCCCCCCCCAGCUGCCUUCUCCCACACGCCCUCUCCACCCCUCCUCCGGCAAGGUUCCUCUCACCAACGUGGUUGCCCCAAUUUCUAGUGGCACCCCAAGGAUAUCGCGCUCCAACAGCACAGGCCCCCCCAGUGAGUCAGCCUGCGAUCUCUAUGGAUCCUCCCCCCUGGGCAGCAGUAUGUCCCUGGCUGACCGGCCAAAAAGCAUGAUGCGGUGUGGGUCUUUCCGUGAACCAGGGGAUGAUGUGCAUGGCUCUGUGCUCUCUUUGGUGUCCAAUGCUUCAUCCAACUAUUCCUCGAAUGAGGAGAGGAUACAAGGAGAGCAAAUCCGCAAGUUGAGGCGAGAGCUGGAAUCCUCCCAGGAGAAGGUUGCUGACUUGACCAUGCAGCUUUCUGCCAAUCAGCUAGGCCAGGCUAAUCUCGUAGCAGCAUUUGAGCAGAGUCUGGCGCUGAUGACGGCACGCCUGCAGACCCUGUCAGUCUCAUCGGAGCAAAAGGACUCCGAGCUCACUGACCUGAAGGAUACCAUCGAGAUUCUGAAGGUCAAAAAUACAGAAGCCCAAGAAAUCAUUCACGUGGCUCUCAGUAAUCCAGACAUAACACCUAAAGAACCACUGAUCAAUCGCCAGAACUCAUCAGAGAGCAUCUCCAGCCUCACCAGCACCACCAGCCACUCGAGUAUGGGCAGUCUUAAAGAGCAGGAGGCCAAGAAGAAGAAGAAGAAGAGCUGGGUCUUUGAGUUACGCAGCUCCUUCAACAAGGCCUUUAGUAAGAAGGGCUCCAAGCCAUCAGGGCCGUAUGCUGACAUUGAGGAAAUUGCCACCCCAGAAUCCUCUGCACCUUCCUCCCCCAAAGUCCACCAUAAUGGCGAUAACCCUCGAUUGUCAUUGAAAUCCUUAACCUCUGAAUCAUCAUCAGGACUCUGUGAAGGAGGUGAGGUGCUGGAUGAUAAGGUUGUAACAGAACUGCGUACAGAGCUGUGGGAAAAGGAGCGUAAACUGACAGACAUCCGCCUGGAGGCACUAAGCUCUGCCCAUCACCUGGAGCAGCUGCAGGACGCCAUGAACAACAUGCAGAGGACAGUGGAGAACCUGAAGGCUGAGAACGACCAACUGAAGACUGGUGGUCUGUCCCCCUGUCCUUCUCCUGGACCCUCCAGCUCCGUCUCUCAGUCCUCAGGUCUCACCACUCUGGGAAGUUCGUCACCUCGACAGUCAGUAGCCAUACACAUGCCCAAAAGCUACAGCAGAGGGCUGAGUGAGGGAAUCAGCUCAGAUGUCCACUCUGCAGAUUCUCUCAGUCUUUCCAGAGAUGAUCAUCGUGUUAGGGUGGUGAUUUGUGUUGCAGAUUUACAUGUCUUCAAAGAUGAGGUCAAACAGCAGGAUUUCUUUGUCGGCACUGUCAGGGUGAAUGGCAGGAUGGACUGGCCCAUGCUGGAUUCAGCUGUCAGCCAAGCUUUCAAGGUGUACAUAGCCAAGGUGGACCCCACUUCCAGUCUGGGCCUGUCUACAGACUCCAUCUACAGCUACAGUAUGGGCCACAUUAAGAGAGUGCUGGGAGGAGAAGCUCCGGAGGCACAGCCCUCUCGCUGCAUGUCCAGAGGCCCCACUGGCAUCACAGUGGCUCUGAAAGGUUUGAAAGAGAAGUGUGUAGACAACCUGGUAUUUGAAACCCUCAUUCCUAAACCCAUGAUGCAACACUACAUCAGCCUGCUACUCAAACACCGCCGCCUCAUCCUGUCUGGACCAAGCGGGACGGGUAAGAGCUACCUUGCUUCCCGUCUGGCUGAGUACCUGGUGGACCGCAGCGCCCGCGAAGUCACAGAGGGCAUCGUGGUCACUUUCAACAUGCACCGCCAGUCAUGCAAGGAUCUGCAACUUUAUCUUUCUAACCUGGCUAAUCAAAUAGAUCGGGAAACCAGCACAUCGGAAAUACCGCUGGUAGUAAUUCUGGAUGACAUUAAUGACCCUGCUUCCAUCAGUGAACUUGUCAAUGGUGCUCUCACCUGCAAAUAUCACAAAUGUCCGUACAUUAUUGGAACAAGCAACCAGCCAGUGAAGAUGAUUGCGAACCACGGCCUCCAUCUCAGCUUCAGGAUGGUGACUUUCUCCAACAAUGUGGAGCCAGCCAACGGCUUCCUGGUACGCUACUUGCACAGAAAACUGAUGGAGUCAGAAGAUGAGAGAAACUUGACCAAUGAGGACCUGAUCAGGGUCUUAGACUGGGUGCCCAAACUGUGGUAUCAUCUGCACACCUUCCUGGAGAAGCACAGCACGUCGGACUUCCUCAUUGGCCCGUGCUUUUUCCUGUCCUGUCCCGUCACGGUGGAUGAGUUUCGAUCAUGGUUCAUUGACCUUUGGAACCACUCUAUUAUCCCUUACCUGCAAGAGGGGGCCAAGGAUGGCAUCAAGGUCCACGGACAGAAGGCAGUAUGGGAGGACCCAGUGGAGUGGGUGAGGGGCACCCUGCCUUGGCCGUCUGCCCAGCAGGACCAGGCAAAGCUGUUCCACCUGCCUCCCCCCCAGCACGGCUCCAGCAGCCCCGGUCAGACUUGCGAGGAGAGGCCUCACAAGGAGACUCCACCCAGCUCCAUGGAAUCUGAUCCACUGAUGGCAAUGCUUCUGAAACUCCAAGAGGCUGCCAAUUACAUUGAAUCCCCAGACAAAGAAGACCCUAGCCUGCCUAAACUUUGAACACAAAGCUUAUACUUAACACUUAGCACUUCAAAUUACAUUUUUGUCCACUGUAAUGAUGCAGUGCACAUUCAGGAACAAAGACUAACCAUCGGAAAUGGUUGUAGAGGGAUUUUGAACUGUCAUUCCUGCAGUAGGUUAAAUGUGUAACUAGGUAAUUACAAAUCAUCUUAAUACAUACAGUAUUUUCAAAAGUCUGUUCAUAAGUAUUGAAUGAGAAGCUAUAUUGAAUGAUUUUGCUAUAUAUUUGACUGGAUGAUAUUCACUUCUGUUCACAUCCCUUUACCGCCAUGUUAGCUGUCAGUACUCUUAGAUCGGUGCUACUAGAUCACUAUGAAAUGUCUCAGCACUUAGACUUCAGGUGAUUUUCUGCAACAGCACACGCAGUCCAUCCUGUUUUGUGCUCAAGUGCAUCAUGGGAUAAGGAGUGCUUGUCAGCAGGGGCUAAUCUCAAUUAUGGUGACUCAUUUUGGAAAAGAGUAUGACAGCAUGACAGAUGCUACUGUUUAUCGCAGAGUUCUUUGGUACAUAUCUACUGUAUAAGUCUCUGAAGGCCAAAUCUUAUACAUAUGCAAUCACUACCUUAACAACCCGAGCAGGUGAAACAAGUAAAAUGCCUUAAGAACAAAGACGUCAGUGUCAUCUCAACUUGAGCAGAGUAUACUGGUGCUUUCAUCAAUAUCAUCCCAGCUACAACAGUUAACAGAAAUCAGUUAUUUCUCCUACUCUCUACAUUAUUUAUUUCAAUUAAUCAUCUUUUUUUACAGUUUGAAAUGAUAAAAUAUUCUAAGAUAAAUUAUCAGUAUACAUUUUCACAUGUUUUUACAUUAUACUCAUUUUUAUGGCUUAUAAGUUGAAAAAGUAAACUUGCUGUCAUACUCUUUUGCAUUAAAAAAAAAAGUUAUUUAAUGGUGAUGUGAGUUCAUCACUUUGUUGCUGCACAGUGGCACAUUUUCCAAGCACUUAAUUUAGUUUUAUGGGUUACUUUAUGUAAAACAGUGUCACCAGUAUUGCCAUAUAUAUCAGGUAUUAGAUACACAGGGAUACUAUAACAAACACCCUCUGAUUAAACAGACUGAGCAAAUGCUAUUUGAAUCCAGAUUUCGAUUGUGAAUUCAGAUUUUUUUUAUAUAACAUUUAUCUAGGAAAGAGCAUUUGUUUCAAAUCUUUGCCCCCAUAUUCAAAGUAGUUACUGUAUAUAUCAUGUACAUACAAUCAGGCUACAUCAUAGUUAUUUUAUCUAUAUUAGUUGGUGCAAAUAUCUAAUAUACUGAACCAAAUACUGUACUUUAAUCAUGCAUAUUGACUGUCAAGUUAGGGGUUUAAGUUCAACUAUGAAUGUAUAGAAAACACUUAUUAAACAUUUAACAGCAUCAGUCAUCUAGUAGGUGCUUUUAAAGGAAGCCUUAUCACGGAGCUCCACUGUAAAACACUUUUAACGAUGGCUGAGUGACUUUAAAGCCACCCAUGCCCAUUUCAUUUGCGACAGUUCAUGCACUUCACAAACAGAAUUUAAAAUGUCAUUGUUAAUGUUCCUCAUGCUUAUUAUCAUCAUUUAGGGUACGUAUGGUGCUCUUUAACAAUGUCCCGAACUGUUAGUGGUAACUGAUAGUGAUGAAUAAAGAUCUCGUAGACUUUCAGGGUAGGUUAGCACACAGAGUAUUGUGUCAUAGAACUGUCAAACGCUAAAGAAAUGUGAAAUAUGGAUAUCUAUUUAUCUGGGAGAUAAUGUUUGAUAUUUUUUAGGAUGUGUUGUUGAAGUGUUGAAGACAUUACGUAGAGACAAGUCAUGAGAGACAUUGUCUAGUGUACGUACGCCCAUGUUGAUAUACAGUAUUCAGAAUGAUUUGAGUACACAACACAGUUGCAAACUGAUUAUAGAGAGUAUUUGUUCCAUGGCAGGAGUAAAAAGCAAGAGAUUGAAACCCUUUUUAAGAUACUUGGUGUAGGUUUUUGUAAAGAAGCCCUAAGCACAUAGUUGUGCGGAAAUAUUUCACCUGUUCAUCCCGGGCUGUGUCACUGUUCAGGUGCUAAGACUAAACUUCACAUGUACAGAAGUCCUGUAAAUGAAUGUCAGACCACUUUUGUGACAGCUUGAUAAGAAAGUUUAACACUUAAAAUUGUGUCUGAGCUGCUUAUUGCUUUGUUAUUGUACUGUUUGCAUUAGGCUGAUAGCUAAGCUGCAGCUCUGAAUGGUCACCUGUAAUCUUCAACAUUAAUGAGUUAAAGACAUUAAAGAGCAAAAAAGAUGCCAAAUGGCCAGUGACCCUCACACUGGUCACAUGCUGAUAGAAAAUAAUUUCAGUUCUUGUAAAUAUUUCAGGUAUUAGGCAGUAUUAACAACCCCACCCUGGUCUGUUUCUGCAGGUUAACCAAAGCCAUCAGCUCGAGCUUCUCAUCUCAUUCACUGGUUGUUGUGCCUGUUGCUCUGUAGUAGCUGUGAUUUGUGUUUGCUUACUAGUGUAUCAGGACUAUGCAGCAACUUCUACUGGUGUUGGCAAUCAGCAAAUGUCUGAACUUCACGAGCAAAUUCAGUGUGUUUUCAUUUGGUCUGUCAUUGAGUUCUUAAUUUGGACCAAAUUGCAUCACAUGAUAAAAGCGGAGGGUUGUUUUAGCAGGUGAUACCGAGCCUUAAGGAGGAUUUGUUUGAUGUUGCAUUGAGAACAGGGUUCAUAGAUGUAGGUAAAAAAAAUUAAGCUGUUUGGAAGCUGUUUGGUGUUUGUCCUUAUGAAUGGCCACAAAGGUAUCAUGACUGGACGUGUAAAUGGUCAAAUGACGAUAAUCAAACAAACAAAAAGAUUAAAAAUGAAAUUAAGAGCCUAAAAUAGUUUCAUAAAAUCGUUCAGCACUUCAAUGUUUGCAUAGUUAAGUAAGUAGUUUAGGUAGAAUCAAACCAGAUAACGAGAUCAAUCUGAUAUCUUGGGCCAAUGCAGGUUGCUGAAUAGUCAUAUUUUUGCAAAGCUUGUUGUGGACUAAUCAGAAAUUAAAAAAAAUGUUAUGCAGUAAUGUCACUGAUGUGCAAAUGUUAAGGGGUUCUAAGUGUUGUAAAUGCAUGUAAACUUGCUGUGUGAUGAGAAAAAUGUUCACAUUAAUGUAUUGUUUGGGAAAAUCAUGCUAGAUAAUGUUUUGUUUUCCUUUUUAAUAUUCAAAUAUUUGAUAUUUCUUUUUUUUCUUUUUUUAAAGAAUCCUUUGUAAAACUUAAUUUCUCUAUUUUGUACAGGAUAUCAUUGUAAAGAUUGUAAAUAGGUCAGCAUUCUGGAUGCGGCAACAAUCAUUGAGGGGGGAGGGGAUCAUUCUGGAGAGAAGGCAUAGUUCUUCAGAGUUGGGUCCAAUACAUGGAUAAGGCAUGUUUCUGAAGGCUUUCAUCCACCUGUCACUGGUUGUUGAAAUCAAUAAAAUACAUGUUAUAUUUA